UUGGCCAACCCUGUCGCCAUGGAGGCAGCCAGAGAGGAGCAGGGGGGCUGUGCCCUGCUAAAUGCCAUCUCCAAGGGGCAGGUACACUUGGCUCGCUUCUUGCUGGAGGCGGUGGACGGGAGUCUGCUGGAGACCCGGGACCAGGAGGCUCGGACCCCGCUCAUGUACUCGGUGUUACUGCCGGCUCCCGCCGCCCGGGCUCGCUUCAUGCGGCUGCUGCUGGAGCGGGGAGCCCGGGUGGAUAGCAGCGAGCGGACGGGCCGCACGGCCCUCAGCCUGGCCUGUGAACUCGGUCUGGUGGACGCGGUGAAGCUGUUGGUGCAGAGCAGCGCUGACCCGGAGCUGGCUGACCAUCGCGGGAACACUCCGCUGAUGUACGCCGCCGCCUCCGGCCACAGGGACGUGGUCAUCUUCCUCCUCCGGGCCUUCAAACGCCUGGGGCUCGACAUCGAGCGGCCCAACCGGGCGGGACUCUCCGCCGGCCAAGUGGCCAGGCUCCUGGGCCAUCGCGACUGUGCCCUAGCGCUAGAGGCAGCGGCCAGGACAGGGCGGGAGAGAGGCCAUCUACCCCCUGACCAGCCCGCUGGUCACUCCAUUGGUCAGUCCCUUGGUCACUCCACUGCUCAGUCCCUUGGUCAGUCCCCUGGUCACUCCCUUGGUCAUUACCUUGAUCACUCCACUGGUCAGUCCCCUGGUCACUCCUCUGGUCAGUCCCUUGGUCAGUCCCCUGGUCACUCCCAUAGUCAUUCCCCUGGUGACUCCCUUGGUCACUCCCCUGGCCAUUACCUUGGUCACUCCCCUGAUCAUUACCUUGGUCACUCCACUGGUCACUCCUCAGGUCACUCUGGUCAUUUCCCUGGUCACUCCGUCGUUCACUCCUCGGGCCACCCCCUUGGUGACUCUCUUGAUCAUCUCCUUGCUUACUCUGGUGACUCUAUCAGUCAGUCCCUUGGUCCCUCCUCUGGUCAUUCCCUCAGUCAGUCCCCUGGUCACUCCAGGACUCCCUUCCCCUUGGGCAUGGACGAAGCGGCUCCUUUCAGCAGUGGCCCGGAUGCCAUGGUCUCCAUCGAUGAGGAAGGGGGUCAGGAUGAAGAUGAGGACCCGGCGAGGGAGCGCCUCUUGUCCCAGUGCUCCCGGCCUCGGCUCUGCUCCCUCGGCCUCCAGGAUGGCAGCGACCCCUGCACCAGCCUCCUGCCUCCUCUCAGCAGCUUCUCGGAGAUCUGCACUCUCAGGACAACCACCCCGUACUCCCCACGGCCGGCCAAGAAUGAAGCCACUACCCAGAGGCAGUGGGAAUCGGUGUGGACCAAGAUCAUCCCAGGAGGGUCAGCUUCCACUGAGAGGGGCUCCGGACCUUCCCAGCGCAGGGACUCCUGGCGCCUGGCCAGUUACUUCCAGAAGAGGUGCAGCCUCCCCACCAGCACCCUGUGUCCCUGUCCCCCAGCCUUCAGCAAAGGCAAGGAUGUGCCCAGUACCCGCUUCGGCACCUUCACCACCCUGGGCAGCAGACUCUUGCGACACUUCACCGUCCCCAGUUUCACCCAGAGCAGCGGGCGCCGGGGCAGUACCACUUGGGAGACUGCCCUCAGGAUGCCCCGAUCUGAGACUUUCCCCAUCGGAAAGGAUCACCCGCAGAUCUCCAACAUGCCCAGCAUCGACAGCGUCAGUGGAGUCCAGUGUGAGUUCCCAAUCUUAAACCAAUCCUCCUAAGUUAGGGGGGCUGAAACAAAGCCGAAGAACUGGCCCCCCGCAGUGUCCAGGGAUGUGGCCUUGGGAAAUACCCCACGCGGAGAACGGGGGUCUGCGUGGGAUGUUCUUGGGAGGGUCAGUGCAGCCUCAAGGGGCCGAAUGGCCUGCUCCUACACUGUGGAGAUUCUGUAACACUGAGGGAGAACAGACAUCCCGGGAGAUUGUGAGCUCAACCGCGGGGGAAGAGGGCGCAACAGAAUUCCUCUGGGCGUUAGAUGGAGAGAAACGCUUGGCUUUUAUGUUCUCCCGGGUGUGCCAAGGGGAGUGCAACAGCCAGGGACUAUCUGAGCACUGGGUGUGACUAUAGCAAAGACUCCCAAGUGUUUACCCUUUAACCAGAUUUAAGCUGUAGUUGCAUCGCUGUUUAUUGGGGCUGUUGAAACGCAGAAGACCGUUUAAGCCAACGUGCCUGGCACUAAGCUCCUUGGCAGAGAUUUCCAAUCUCUUCCAUCCCCAAGCGCCGGAGUUUAUUUGACAUACCUUUCUGUAUUUGUCCGACUCCUUCAACUCAACAAACUUUCCGCCUUCGAUCGUGACGCGUGUAUCCAUUAGAGUAACGGUGUUAUCCACGGACGGUCUUGGUGCAGACAUGCACCAGGAGUUAGAACUGGCUGCAUGGUGUUGUGUCUCUGCACAGUCUCCUCAGAGACUGUGGCCUUAAAACCGGACCAAGGAGUGGACCGCAGUGCCGGCGUUCAUAACGACAUUGUGCCUUUUCCUCAGUACUCGGUAACGCUUUACACCUUGUGUCGUUACAGCUUUCCCUCCGCUUGUGCGAACGAUCUGAAUGUCAAUUAAAUUGCUCUCAUGUUAACCUUAUAACGGGUGGGAUACAGUUAUUGAUGGGGGUUAAAGGUAACGCUGAGAUGAAGCCAAUGCUGAGAUAAAGUUACUGCCUGUGCUGUCUUUACUCCGAAAGCUGGUACUUUCAAAUAAA